AUUUUACUUUGUAAUUGUUUACUGUAUUUUAUCAGACAGUGUUCGUUUUUCAUGCAAUAAGUUAUCUGAAGCAACAUCCUUGGGAAUGUUAAUAUACUGUACAGUAGUCCAUAAUCAUGGCCACUCAUUCGAUAGAAUUACAGAAAUGAUGGGCAAUACGCUAUACCAUAGGCUAGUAAAGACAAAUCAAAUUGUAUUUGUCAUGCUUCGUAAACAACAGGCGUAGACUAACAGUGAAAUGCUUCCCAUCAAUGGCAGAGACAGAAAAUAUAGAAAAGUUAUAAUAAAUACAGCGUAACGCUAACCUUGCUAUGGGGUAGCAGUACAGAGUCGAUGUGCAGGGGUACGAGGUAAUUGAGGUAGAUAUGUACAUAUAACUAGGAAUAAAGUGGCUAGGCAACAGGAUAGAUAAUAAACAGUUGCAACAGCGUAUGUGAUCAGUCAAAAAAGUUAAUGCAAAAAUUGGGUCAAUGCAGAUAGUCUGGGUAGUUAUUUAUUUAACUGAACUAUUUAACAGUCUUAUGGCUUGGGGUUAGAAGCUGUUCAGGGUCCUGUUGGUUCCAGACUUGGUACAUCGGUACCGCUUGCCGUAUUGUAGCAGAGAGAAGAGUCUAUGACUUGGAUGGCUGGAGUCAUUAACUGCCUGCUAUUGAGGUCCUGGAUGACAGGGAGCUCGGCCCGAGUGAGGGCGGCACGUAGCCUCGAGCUUAGAACGUUGGGUUCGAAUACCGGAACCACAAGGAGAAAAACAAAUCUGUCGCUGUGCCUUUGAGCAAGGCACUUAACCUUAAUUGCUCCAGGGGCGCUGGACAAUGGCGACCCUGGCCGUGACCCCCCACUCCCUGCGGGUGUCUCAGGGGAGUUGGCAUAUGCCACCCAAAAAACCUUUCCAUUACACACUUGUGUGUAACAGGACAAAUAUAAGCGCCGCCCAAAUUAUGAUAUGUACUGGGCCAUGGGCACUACCAUCUGUUUUGUGUUGUUAUUUAUUGGAACAAAUAUAAAUAGCCUACCUGUUCAUUGUUUAUGAACUGUUAAAUCAUAUCACACAAAGACACCACAGAGGUCUACUCUUCUGUGUAGUAUAAUAUUUUUCGUGUCUGUGCCUUUAAAAAACGUUCACUGUUCCUCUCCUUGAUUCUGCGCCGGUAUUUCAAGUCAAGCUAACAAUUCGCCGGUCCUCUUGCUCAGCAGACGAAACAUCCUUCUCACUCAAUGCAGACACAAACCACUGGGCUAUCAUUUGGCACCAUCUAAAGAAAGGCUAACACCUCGUUAUACCGGAGUCUUGAGUUUUUUUUACUCCUUGAUGUGCAUGACACGGCGUAAUAUGAAUCACCGUCAACUGCUCCUUCUACAUAUUCUGGUAUUUAUCAGUUUAUAACGUUUCUGUUGAGUUAUGCAUAAUUUGGUAAUCCUUGUACUUUUUGGUGCGCUACUCUGUGCGCCCCACCAGUGCUUGGAGUGUCCAUCAGGCUGCCAAUGCUUUGCUGGCACGCGCACAGUGAAAUGCGUUUCCAAGGACCUUCGCGCCAUACCACAAGAUAUUCCAGGAUAUACAAGGAAUGUGAUCAUCACAGGACACAAUAUAUUCAGAAUUGGAUCAGAGACAUUUCAAGAACUGAAAAAUGUCACUACCAUCAUUUUGAGCAACAAUAGGAUCACAGAGGUUGCGUCCCACAGCUUCUCUACCCUUUCCUACCUGCGCUCCCUGGACAUGAGCUGCAACCAUCUGACUCUCAUCCACCCUGAAGCCCUCAACAUCCCAGGGAGUCCUCUAAAGGAGCUCAACCUUAGCCGUUCCCUCUAUAACUACACCUCACUGAGUGAUCUCACCACCGCACUGCGCUGGGGAGGCCUAGGAGGGUUGCUCAGCCUAGACCUCUCCGGGAACCGCCUGGUCUUCCUACCCCCAGGGAUGUUCUCCCACCUCCCCAGCCUGCAGCACCUCUUCCUUGGUAACAACUCCCUAGCAUCGGUCUACAACGGCACCUUCUUUGGCCUGCGCCGCCUGGAGCUGCUUGACUUGACCCGCAACUCUUUCAGGGCGUUCCGAGGUGAUGCUCUGGGGGAGCUGGAAAGGCUGGGGCAAGCCCCCCGCAUCCUGCUGAGCCACAACCCCUAUGUCUGCACAUGUGAGAUCCAAGACUUUGCUGUGUGGCUUAAGAGCUCCUGGGCUCAGGUGGGGGAUGCAGAGGCUCUGACCUGCGCCUCACCCUGGGAGUUUCAGGACAGGCCCCUGCGAGAGCUCGGGGUCCAGGUUAUUGGAUGCCAUGCCACUUCACCACCUCUGGUCGGAAUCAGAGACGAGGUGGGCGACCUCUCCCUGCAGACCUCCUACGUCCUCCUAGGUCUGGUGCUGGGCUUUGUGGGCAUGGUCUUCCUCUUUGUGCUCUACCUCAACCGUCAAGGUAUUAAAAAGUGGGUGGUGGAGACGCGAGAUGCCUGCCAUGAAGUGUUGGAGGGGUAUCACCACCGCUAUGAGAUCGACACUGACCCCCGCCGGGAAUACCUCUCAAAAGACGUCAGAGUCGAAGAGAAGCCACCGACAAACGGUAGUUUUGGACAGGCUUACUCAGAUAACCACUUAUCACAGCUACCCACUGACACCUGUUUAGUUCAGAUCCCCUCAGACACACAGCUCAAACCAGGCUCCAUCUCGGUGGAUUUGUAAUUCCUCAUUCCCUGGACUGGAGUGAACUUGCAUUCAGGGUUGGGUAGGUUACUUUCUAAAUGUAAUCUGUUACAGUUACUAGUUACUUGUCAAAUUGUAAUCAGUAACGUAACUUUUGGAUUACCCAAACUCUAAUGUAAAUUGGUUUACUUUCCUCUUAUUAGACAAAAAUGAUCCAUACACACACAUUUGGUGUGUCAUCAUAGUGGUCUCUGACUUGUGGUCAGACUUGCUCUGGUGGAACUAAUUUAAACCUGUUCUUGUAUCAAUGCUGAAUUAAAUGUCAUUGAGAAAACAGCAAACAUCCUUUAUGAAUUUGAAAGUAAUCAUCUAGUUUUUCAAAAGCAUCUGUAAUCUGAUAUUUUGGGCUGGUAACAUAACUGAUUAAAAGUACAUUUUCUUUUGUAACCAGAUUACAUAUAAUCAGUUUCUGCCCAACCCUGCACACAUUUGUGAGGGACUUACCUGUAUCAUACAUUUCUGUACAAUAUGUUGAAUAUAAUUACAUAACUUAAGUAAGCAUAAGUAAGCACUUAUGCUUACAUAAGUGAUGUAAUUAUGCUAUUUAAUGGAGAGCCUAUUUUAAGUGUAAACAGCCAGGCUUCGUUGUACCUGCAUAGCCUUGAUGCCUCUCUUGCUGUGGCCUCAUUUUUACUAACUUGCAUAGAUUUAACCAAGUUGCUAUCUGUCUUUGGUGUUGUAUGUAUUAUUAUAUUAUACUUUGUGGGUCUUAUUAACAUAUCUAGAUGGAACCAAAGCAAUAUAGCCUAUCUGAAGGGUCUUGACUGCAAAACUAACCUUGAAUGUCUACUCUUUUGGGAAGAUUGAAUGAUUCUACACUGCACUAAGUCAUAUUUUCGUCCUUAACUGACUUUGUAACCAGACGUGACAGGGCAAGAAAGAAAGGGCACAUAUUUCCAGAGUGCAGAAGUUAUAUGGUAUUGAAGUGAUGAAGCAGGAUCUAGUGUGGUGUAUAAAUUCAUGUGCAUAACUUACCAGUGUUAUGUAAGAUAACUGAAAUGAAACAAUUGUAAAACCCCUUUGUGGUGCUCAAUAAAAACAUGUUUUCAAAAUGUUA